GGCCGGCUGAAGAGGAAGAGCAUAUCAGAGACCCCCUACCUUCUCUCUGACAGUAGUCUUGAAACAACAUGCGUGAAAUCGUUCAUCUGCAAAUUGGACAAUGUGGCAACCAGAUUGGCUCAAAGUUUUGGGAUGUGAUCAGGGAGGAGCAUGGGAUCAACACCACUGGGCUAUAUGAAGGAGACUCCAACCUCCAACUAGAGAGAGUCAAUGUCUACUUCAAUGAAGCCCACGGGGGCAGGUAUGUGCCCAGGGCCCUUCUGGUUGACCUGGAGCCUGGAACUAUGGACAGCGUGAGAGGGAGCCAUCUUGGGGCGCUAUUCAGACCUGACAACUUCAUCCAUGGUAGCUCCGGCGCUGGGAAUAACUGGGCCAAGGGCCACUACACUGAAGGAGCUGAGCUGGUGGAGCAGGUGAUUGACGGCGUGCGGCACGAGAGCGAGAGCUGCGACUGUCUGCAAGGCUUCCAGCUGGUUCACUCCCUGGGAGGCGGCACCGGAUCCGGCAUGGGCACCCUCAUCAUCAACAAGAUCAGGGAAGAAUAUCCAGAUCGAAUCCUGACCAGCUUCAGCGUAAUGCCCUCGCCGAAGGUCUCUGACACGGUGGUGGAGCCGUACAACGCCACACUCUCCGUUCAUCAACUCCUGGAGAACACCGAUGAGACCUUCUGCAUCGACAAUGAGGCUCUCUACGACAUCUGUUUCCGUACUCUUAAACUGACCACACCCACUUACGGAGACCUCAAUCACUUGGUGUCCAUGACCAUGAGCGGGGUCACAACCUCCCUCAGGUUUCCGGGACAGCUUAACGCAGAUCUAAGAAAGCUGGCGGUCAACAUGGUCCCCUUCCCUCGCCUUCACUUCUUCAUGCCGGGCUUCGCCCCCUUGACGCCGCGUGGCAGCCAGCAGUACCGUGCCCUCACUGUGCCCGAGCUUACUCAGCAGAUGUUUGAUGCGCGAAAUAUGAUGACGGCCUGUGACCCCAGACGCGGACGGUACCUCACGGUUGCAGGUGUGUUCCGAGGGAAGAUGUCCACGAAGGAAGUGGACGAGCAAAUGCUGGCCAUUCAGCAGAAAAACAGCCACUACUUUGUCGACUGGAUCCCUCAUAACGUGAAGGUGGCCGUGUGCGACAUCCCUCCUCGAGGCCUCAGGAUGGCAUCCACGUUCAUCGGCAACAACACAGCGAUCCAGGAGAUAUUCCGGCGGGUGGGGGAGCAGUUCGCCAUGAUGUUCAGACGGAAGGCCUUCCUUCACUGGUACACUGGAGAGGGCAUGGAUGAGAUGGAGUUCACCGAGGCGGAGAGCAACCUCAACGACCUGGUGUCAGAGUACCAGCAGUACCAAGACGCCACGGCUGACCUCGAGUCGGGCGCUGAGUACGAAGCAGAAGAUGAGGAGGAAGGGCUGCCAUUAGCUAUGGCAACACUUCAACCUCGGGUCGAAGCCAAACAGGAAACAGAGACAGAAACAACAAAAGAGGAGUAGAUGAUGGGAGCGGUUCCAUUACAUGUUUUAAUCACGUAGAAAUUUUGCAAAUCACUUGACACACAAAAAUGUCUUGUCAACUACAGCACUUUUCUUUUAUCUGCGGCUUUUUAACCAUUACAUGUUGCAACAAAUGUAUAAAUUGGGUGUUUUUAAAAGAUUAAAGGUCAAACAUCUUGCCUGUCUUUGAAUGCAAGUGACGAUGACCAAGUGCCUGAGAAUAAUGAUCGAUACUUGAAUGUUUCAAAGUGUUACCCGAGAAGCUUGCAAAAAAUAAUGUUCCCAACUACGUAUGGAAAGCGACUCUGAUCUUUCACUGCACAACCCAAACUAUUUCUUCGGCUUUCAUGA